CUGACACUGGCGCGUACAUUGAAAACGAACCCCGGGCAGUCAAUGUUGUCAACAACAGAAAAAACGGACGAACUGCCUAGGCUAAUGAAAAUAUAGUUAUCAACCCUUCGUUUGUUGGGUUAUAAUCAUACAGCGGCCAUGGAAAUACGCUCUCUCAUUAGGAAAAUUGGUCAUUCUUUGUUGGAGAUCAGAGUUCGUGCUCUGAAGAGCAUCAUAUGUAAACUGGACCAUUGCCUAUUGUCCAUUUCUGAUGUGGUACAAGAGAGAAUGCUAUUCGUCCUUCUUCUGGAAUGGUUUAACUUUCCUGAGGUGCCAAUGCAAGAGGAGGUCCUUCAACUGCUGAGAACACUAUCUAAGCACGAGACGGGAGCCCAGAUGCUGAGAGAUGUUGGGGCAGUGGAGUUUUUCACACAACUCUCCCCCAACGUGGAGCCUGAGUUAAGGACUGUUGUUGAUGGCAUCGUCGACCAGCUGUUUCAUCUGCCUGAACUGUUCACUGCUGGUCCGACUGUCUACUCCCAAGAACAGGCUGUAAUGACAUCUACAUUCCCCGUAGAGCAGAGUGCUCCUACAGUUGGUUACUUCCAGAGCGGCAAGCCAAACCAGGCAGACAUUCCACAGAGCAAAGCAGUGAGUAACACUGUGAGAUGCUUAAAGUUUUCUACAUUCCCAUGGCUGACGUUGACCACUACAGACCGACACAUACUGUCAUCUAAUGAGAGCUCUUUGAGGAGUAACAACCACAACCUGGUCCGUAGCACAUGCGAACUGCUGCGUGAUGUCAUCAUGCAGGACUUCCCAGCUGAGAUCUUCCUCCAGAGACCCAGCAUAGUCCAGAACCUUCUGUCCCUCCUAAGGCUCGGUCCAGGUGAGGGGGAGGCAGGGUACUUACGCCUGCAGGCGGUGUCCUGCCUCCAACAGCUCAGUGGGGCUCUUAGAACCAGACUGCGCUUCCAUCAAGACCCCAGCUUCUACUCGGCAAAGCAAGACCCAGUGUCCCAGAACUCGUCCCUGUCCUACUCCCAGGACGUCCGUGGGACCCAGGUCCAGCGCUCCUUGGCCUCCUCUCCUGGGGCAGAGUGCUCACCCAGGCCCUCCGUCGUGGGCCGCACAGGCCAGAGGGCCAGCGGGGACGGCCAGGACGGCGAUGCCGCCUCCAGCAGCGGCAGCUCCCGUGGAGCUGGAGGAGGGUCCCAGGCCUUGAGGCAGACCCCCCACUCUCCUGCGGACGCUGCCCAGCUGGAGCUGCCUGACCUGGGGGCAGAGGACGUGUUGGAGCUGCAGCUGCAGCAGCUCAGCUUGCCCCAGUUUGCAGUCACCACCAUGGAGCAUGCCAUACCCCUGCUCAGGACAGAUGGGGUGCGUGUGUUCCAGCGUGUGUUGGAGCUGUUGUGUGAGACCUUAGUGCUGCUGGGGGACAGUGUGCUGCUGGGGGACAGUGUGCUGCUGGGGGACAGUGUGUGUGAGCUGGUCUGGGAAGACCACACCCUGCUGGGAAGGGAGCUGAAAGAGAAGCUGCAGAGCAGUGUUGCCGAGAUGGGAGAGAUCCUGAGAUAUCACCAGAGCUGUCCAGCCGAUAGUCCUCCCGGCUGCCUGCUCCACCACCGGAUGGCCUACGUAGGCACGGCCGUGUUCACCAUCAGGCUCCUGCAGACCGUCCUGCCUCUGGAAAAAGCCAGUGAGAACCUCCCAGAGAGCACUGUGGCCGUCCUCCUCCCUCUCUCCCUGGACAGGCCCUUCAGCCUGGUGUUUCCCAGCAUGCACGAGGCGGCCGUAGCGUACCUGGAGCAGGUGAAUUCGGACGGCCACGCCCUCUACCGGAGGGUGACCCGUGCGGCUCUCUGGAUGGAGUCCACCUGUGCCUUCCUCAAAGACACGCAGGCUGAGGGGGAGAAGAACUGUCCGGAGCUGCUGGAGCUGGCAGACCAGGCCGUAGACGGGCUUCCAUUUCACCAGCACCUCCCCAUCAUCAAGGAGUGCAUCAACAUCUGCUCCAACCUGUGGAAGAUUGAACAGGCCAGCCCUUUCCUAAAAACACACAGUCAGAAGGUGUUCCUCAAGCUUCUGUCCCACCCCCUUCUCCCGGUGAAGACUGAGACGUACUCCUGCACCCUGAGCGUGGUCAAGGAUUGUCUGGGGGUUCAGAAUAAGGCCAAGCCUGGGUCAUCAGUCUGCACUGGGGUCUGCUUCCUGCUUCAUGCAAGAGUCCUCUAUGAGAUCAGUGCCUUUGGCCUCCAGGACCCAGCGGAGAAGGUGAAUGCGGCUGCCAAGGAUAUCCUGCUGUUCCUGCUGAAAGGGAGAUUGAUGAUGACAGCCUCCACCUGGGACAGAUUCAACGAGGCACUUUACCCAGUCAUCCCUAUACUGCAGAGUUAUGCAGACACAGAGGAUGCUCUGGGAAACUAUGUGCUGCUGAUAAGUGAAGUGUCAAAGCUGGGGAGAGAUGACAUGGUGCCAAACACCGCCAGGUUGAGAGCUGCUCUCCGGCUCCUCUUCACUAAACAGCAGACAGUGAGAGUGAAAGCGGUGGAGCACCUGGUCUCCUACCUGGCCAGUGAUCAGGCCCUGGCCCUCUCCUCCCUGCCCUCCAUCUUCUGCCUCAGCAGGACCCUGGAUAUCACCCUGGACAGCAGCGACAGGUCUUUCCUUAAGGUGGAGUCAGUGGAGAAGCUGUUUGCCAUCUUGACCUCUGACACCGUAGCCUCCUCCCUGCGCAGGUCAGCUGCCGAGCAGCUGGCCGUCGUCCUGCAAGACACAGCCAUGCACCCUGUGCUGAAGAGUCUAGGAGUGGCCGACACAGUCACGGCCUUCAUCACAGAGAGCGUCAGCGGGGACGUGAAGAGCCUAGGCAGCCUGCUGGAGCCCUGUGUGUGUAUCCUGAGGAAGCUGGUGUUUGCAGACCCCUCCCUGAGGCACAGGCUGGCGGAGCACAACGGUCUGCUCCUCGCUCUGCUGAGGGCUACACUGCUCAUUAAGGAGAAUGGAGGAGAUGUGCGCGAGUUGGCUACUUUAAUGUGCUUGCUGCUCUUUGAUGAGAUAGCCACGGUAGACACAUGGUGUGACAAAGCUGGCACGUCGUCCCUCUCGCCCUUCUCUCUCCCUGUGUCAGUACUACGCAGGUACAAUCUCCCAUUUAAAUCAGCGUCCCAUCAUGCGGUCAGCCCCCACUGCUCAGUCCUGCCCCCCUCUGCCGACCUGCUGUCCCUCCCCCCAGCCAGGCACGCCCUGCAGCUGGCCUGGAACUCUGCAUGGCACUCGGGGAUAGACGCCCUCCUGGAGGAACGCAGCAGCGCGGCCGACUUCCACAGUGACCUCAUCCUCUCAGAGGCACAGGUACUGUUGCUCCGGGCAACGCACCUCCCCAGCGGCCUGCGAGACUGCAUCCAGGCCAUCGUCAUGGCGGCAGGACACAGGUCUGUGACCUCUGCUGUGUCCAGGCUCCUCCUCUACCGACUCACUGAUAGGCUGGCCCUCACACAGGCCCACACAGGCUUCCGGAACACACUGCGUUCAGUCACCUGGCAACCGGCCAUCGCAAGGUUUCUGCAGGUGCGGCCAGCUUGCAUGGAGGACGAGAGGUUGCUGGUGGACAUUGUAGCGUUUCUGAACGGCCACUUCGAUCAGCCUUGUCCUGAGUCUGAAAGGGACGACCAGGAUCUGCGCUGGAUCAUGGAGCUCCUCCUCAACCAGGAAACACACUCCCUGCUGGCCCCUUUGCUGGGCACGCAGCCCCACACGCAGCCCCACACACAGCCCCACACCCAGCCCCACAUGCAGGCUCAGACCCAGGCUCAGACCCAGGGGGAGCCUGAGGAGCUGAGGAACCUGCUUCACCAGAGACUCCAGAGAGAACUCACCUCCUUCUUUAACACACUGCUGCGCCGCCUCCAACGCACCACCGACAGGCUGUGUCUGACCAUGGCGGGCCCGUUUGAGAGCCAGCUGGCCCUGCGUUUGCUCCAGAGCCUGCGCCUGUCAGACGCCCCACGCUUCUAUGGCCUGCCCAGCCUGGAGAGGACUCUGCUGGGCAUGGUCCACCUGACGGCCCGGCCUGGCUGGAGCUCCCAGUGCCAGUCACUGGAGCCCCACGCUCUCCGUCUCAAGUACCUCAGCGGCCUGCUAGAGGUCAUCUCCUCCUUCUACGUGGAGUGGGGGGGCAACUCCAUGUCCUUCAUGGGGAAAGGGGUCACCAAGAAUGCAAUCAUCUGCCUGCUGCAUCUGUCCCAUGAGAUGAUCGCAGAGGGCAAGGACAAGGACAAGGACAAGGUCAAGGACAAGGUCAAGGACAAGGACAAGGACAAGGACUUCAUUUCCCAGUGGUCUUUGGGGCAUGAUACGGGUUCUGAGGAGCCCAGUGGGUCUCAGUUGGGUCUGGCUUGGCUCAUUCCUUUGUGGGUAGACCGAGACCCAGAGGUGAGGUUUGCCAGCCUGGGGGUGGGCUCCUCCCUGUCCUGUUUGCCCAGUGGGUGCCAUGCUUUGUGUGCCAGCUGCCACAACAUCAGUGGGGGCCUGUGGGGCACCCUGCUCAACAUCCUGCUGGACCGACAGGAGAGCAGCAUGGUCCGCAGAGAGGCAGCAUUUAUCCUGCAAAAUCUGUUGGUGAUGCCCAUGCCUGCCAACGCAGACGAGGCCAAAGACUCCCCCUGGCAGAACCCGUGUGUUCAUGACGAGGCGUCUGGGGUGUCCUUGGUGGGCCUGCCUGCCCUUCAAGCCUUGCUCUACCACUGCCAGUUCUUCCAGCACAUCUCCCUUAUGGCCUCCACGUGCUACCGUGGACGCUACACCUUCCCCCUGCAGCCCUCCCCCCCUGCCCCCGCCCCGAGCCCAGAGGACGGGCGCGAGGCGGAGGACUCUCUGAACCUGUGGAGGUCCUAUGCUCCUGCUGCCCACAACCAAAGCAGGGCCUCUGGCUCCAUGUCCACCUCCAGCACUUUGCUCCUACCUGGGGGGUCCAGACCUCUCUCCCCUGCAGGCUCCUCCCCCUCUGGGACUGCCCAGGACACACCUGCCAGCAGACUUAUGGCUCAAGGCCAGAGUGACACAGAUACCAGCAACUCUGUCGUGUCCCAGGAUUCCCGGCUAGGCGACCCCUCAGCCGAGGCCUGUGCCAUCGUGACCCCUGACCUCCUGUCAGCACUGUGCAGCCUCCUACACAACCUGCUGGCCGUCCUUCCCGACUUCACCCUCGGAGCGCUGCAACACAGCCAGCUCCUCCAAUCGCUGGCCAGUCUGGUGGACUGGAGGGCCAUAGAGCGCUGUGUGUCUGAGCUGAGGACCUCACCCACCCUCCCUGGAGUCAGAGAGGGCAUCAGGAGUCAGGUUCUCACCCUGCUCCAGUACCUGUCCAGCUACUGCAAGCUGCUGCAGGCGUGUGUCGUGAUCAGCAAGGAGCUGAUUGGUCAGGCCGACUUCCUCAAACCCCUGCUGACCAAUGUCUUUGCUGUCCUCACGCUCGAUAACAAAGACUUAGACGUGCCAGUCCAGGCUGCGGUGUGUGUAUGCUGGACAGACCUGUUGACGCUCCUGGCUACCCUGGUUAGGAGGGACGGCUUCAAGGCUCAUCCAUCUGUCUGUGCUGUGCUGGGACCAGGCUGGCAGGCCUUCUCAGACACGUUAUCUGUGUGUGUGGAUCACUCGGAGCUCCCUCUCCACGCGGCGGCGCUUGACUUCCUGUGUGUGCUGCUGUCUGAGGAGGCUAAUAGACGCUCCCUAAAGGUCGCGACCCCGCACCCUGUGACGCCCCUCUCAGAGGCACUGAGUGGCGCCCCCGGUGGCCAGAUGUGUGAACUUCUCCUACAGAGCUUUGAGAAGAGGUCUUUCCAGGAUCCGGUGAAGAAGAUGACUGGCAGAGCCCUGGCAGCCCUGCUGGCCUGCAGCCCCACAGCUCAGGACCACGCGGCUAAGGCCGGCCUGAUGGACACAUGUGUGGAGCAGCUGAAUCAGAGCCAGGCCCAGCUGCAGCUGGAGUCUGUGAGGCCGGGCAGAGCAGCUCCCAGGAGGAAGGAGGAGAGCUACAUGAGGGAGGUUAAGAUGGCCGCCGAAAUCCUCAGGAAUUGUCUUUACCACAACGACGAGUGCAAAGCUGUGGCUACUGAUGCUCGCCUUGCCGCCGUGCUGCAAGCUCUCUGGCCCUGGCUGCUGGGGGACGACGCUGUCAUGGAGGCAGCGCUGGAACUGCUGUGUGUCUACACUGCCAGCUGCCCUGCAGCAUGCAGUGCUCUGUGCAGUACUGGUGGUGUGGGUGUGGCUCCUGGCCCUAGAGGAGCUGGCUCCCUCAUGCACUUGGUGAUGAGGCUGGCCUCAGGGCUAGCCUCUGAUCUCAGCCUGGUCCAGAGGCUGGCCUUCUCCUUGCUGGCCAACCUGGCUGUGUCUCGAGAAUGCAGGGGCAUUCUGCACAAGAGUCACUUCCUGCAGGGCUUCCUGGCUGUUCCAGUCCCCAAGGCGGGCGGAGGGAAGGCGGGGGGUCUGCUGGGGCUGUGGCUGCGCCUGCUGGUGUGUCUGACGCAGGGCGAGGACGGCCAGCUGAACGUCCUCAGGCUCAACGGAGCUCUGGAACUGCUGGUCGACGUCGCCGGGCAGCAUCGCCACGGCAACAGGCCGCUGGCCGCCGACGCCGUCCUCAUCCUCCACAACGUCUGUUUCAGCUCGGCCAACAAGCCCCGCCUCCUCGCCAACGACAAGGCGAUGAAGGUGUUGGUUUCCUGCCUGGACAGUAAAGACACAGAUAUCCAGUCCAUGGGGGCCUCGGCCCUGUGGGCCCUCCUCCACAACAACCAGAAAGCCAAAACCACUUUGAAGUGUCCUUCAGUCAGAUUCCUGGUCGAUGAGGCCUACGCUGCCACUAAGAAAGAUGCAGAGAAAAAGCAAGACUCAAUGAAUGCCUACUUACUGAAGUGCCUUGAAAGCUUGUCCCAGUUGUUGAAUACCUGAUGCUGAAUGACAAUAUAUAAUAUUUUCCUAUUUUAUGAAAUGUAAAAUGUUAACUGUAUUUGUAUGUUAUUUAUGUUUACAUUGAAUAGUUUGUGUAGAUGUUUGUUAGUUUUGUAGAUUGCGAUUGAGUCAGGCAAUAAAAACGUCAUUGGUUAAA